UGGUCGCAGACGCACGCCUGUCGAUUUGACGUCGCCAAGUUCCAGUUAGUCCACUUUGCGCGGACCCCAUCUCAAUACGAGGCUCUCCCACUCGUUCUCGACGGGAUCACCAUACAACUGUCGGACACCGCACUUUACCUAGGCAUCGUCAUCGACCGGUGGUGGCUGCGAUGGCGCCAGCAGGUAGAGCGUGCAAAAGCCAAAGCGACAGCGGCUACGCUCGCCAUCGCGCGUCUCGCACGGCCUACCUUCGGUCUGCCCCACAAGUACGCGCGCCAGCUAUACAUAUCGGUUGUGGUGCCG